GCUCUCUCUGCUCUGGGCUGAGAUGGGGAACUGCAUCGUGCCGUACUGUGAUGGGCCCAAAAACACCAACGUCAGGUGGACCCUGCCGGCCGUCUGCUUCGUGUGGCAAACGGCCAUGGUCAUCCUCUUCGGCGCGUUUGUCCGUUACAAGUCGGAGGUGGACGCUCACUGGCCUGAAUACAAAAUCGAGAAAAAUAUAACGAGUGACAUUGAGAAUGAUUUCUACUUCAGGUAUCCGAGUUUUCAGGAUGUCCAUGUCAUGAUUUUUGUGGGCUUUGGUUUUCUCAUGACGUUUAUGAAGCGCUACAGCUUUGGUGCUGUGGGGUUCAACUUCCUUGUUGCAGCCUUUGGGAUUCAGUGGGCUCUGCUAAUGCAAGGCUGGUUCCACCAUAUUGAUACUGAUGGGAUGAUCAAAAUCGGCGUAGAAAACAUAAUCAAUGCAGACUUCUGUGUAGCAAGCUGUCUGAUUGCAUUUGGAGCGUUGCUGGGGAAAGUCAGUCCUGUUCAGCUGAUGGUGAUGACCCUGUUUGGUGUUACCUUGUUCGCUGUAGAAGAAUACAUUAUACUCAACCUCAUUCAUGCCAAAGAUGCUGGAGGAUCUAUGGUGAUCCACACCUUUGGGGCUUACUUUGGUCUGGCCAUCUCAUGGGUCCUCUAUCGGCCAAACUUGAAGGAGAGCAGUCGGCUGAAUGGGUCAGUGUACCACUCUGACAUGUUUGCAAUGAUUGGAACUCUGUUUCUUUGGAUGUUCUGGCCCAGUUUUAAUUCUGCCAUUUGUAACCAUGGAGAUGGUCAGCACAGAGCAGCCAUUAACACCUACCUGUCACUUGCUGCCACUGUCCUCACCGCCUUCGCCAUCUCCAGCCUCUUUCAGAAGCACGGAAAACUGGACAUGGUACACAUCCAGAAUUCCACCCUGGCAGGGGGCGUCGCUGUAGGAACAGCUGCUGAGUUCAUGCUGAUGCCAUAUGGGUCUCUGAUAGUAGGAUUCUUCUGUGGGCUCAUCUCGACUCUUGGCUACAUAUACCUCACACCCUUCAUGGAAAGCAAGCUAAAGAUCCAGGACACAUGUGGCGUUCAUAACCUGCACGCUAUGCCUGGUGUAAUUGGGGGGAUUGUGGGAGCAAUAUCAGCUGCUGGUGCUACUGAAUCUGUUUAUGGCCAAAAAGGGUUGAUAGACACAUUCGGUUUCUCAGAUGACUUAAAGCACAGGACUCCUGCUCUCCAAGGUGGCUACCAGGCUGCUGGAAUGUGCGUUGCUGUGUGCUUUGGAAUAGGCGGUGGAAUACUUGUGGGUCUAAUUCUGAGGAUGCCUCUUUGGGGAGAUCCCACAGAUGAUAACUGCUUUGAUGAUGAAGUCUACUGGGAGGUGCCUGAAGAAGAGGACUCUGCUGAUCCAGUUUUACAGUACAACAAUCACACAGUGGCCAACAAACACGCAGAGGUAACUGAGACACGCUUCACUGUGGAGCAGCACUAACCCUGGAAAAGAAGUGUGCUUCCAGCCUUCACUCCGCAACUCUGUGACCAUGCGCUCUUCCCUGCCAACAAAAGCACAGCAAGGUCUCAUCGACUGUUUCCCCAAAACAAACAGUUCUCUUCACCAUGUCUGUGGUCUCCGAGAUGAACUUUUUCUCAACGGAUUGGGGUUCCCUUAACGUUAUCACUAUAUUAUUAAGAGCAUGGACUAAACGAUACACGACAACAUUCAGUAGGUGUUUAAAGUAGUCUGUAGCUUAGAGCUGUGCGUUCAGUUUUUUUUUUCAAAUAUUUAUGAAAAUAUUCCAAAGUACUGUGUAGCAUUAGUUGAGCAUUUUUCCCUGAUAUCCCUGUCAGACGCUGAAGUUCUACCGUAUCAGAGGAGCAUUUUUAAAUUGCUUUUCAUGUGCAAACAGAGGUGGAUCACAGCCUUUUUUGGAAGAGUUUGCCUUUUUUGCAGUAUUUCUUGCUAAUAAAGCUUUUAGCUUUUACCCAGCAAUACUUGCAAGGAUGGAAAGGGGCUUUUUCUCAGUUAAAAUACUGCCUCUGACUGUUUCAGUGUAUUUAUUUUGUGUGUUCAGGUUUGCCAUGUGCUUUUGCUGAUUAUAUAAUUCACUGUCAGUUAGUAACUAAUCUAUCUAAUAUAAAUGUAGAUAUAUAGACAUAGAUAUAGAUAUACAGCAUUAACAAUACAUAAUAAAAUCUAGGCUAAAUAAAGGAAAUAAAUGAAUUUGAAUUAUAAAGUUAAAUUGAUAAAAAUGGGUGUCAGUUAAACAGUACAAAAUACGACUGUAAUUUUCUUUCUUUAUUUGAAAUUAGAUCUAUACCCUUUUUAUGCACGUCAAACCUAACUUGCAUAAUAAUGUUUUUAAAUCCAUAGAUUCUCAUCUCUGUUACUAAAAUUCCAGGUUCAAGUUUUAGAAUUGCAUUUUUGAACUUUUCAUGUAGAUUCAGAAUCCAUUUCCGUAACACAGACGUUCUAGGAACAUUUCUUACUUUGUAAGGGAUUUCAUCUGAAUUUUAUACAGCGUAAAUAUUAAUUUCUGUUUUCACUCUCACACGUUUUUGUAAAUAAAAAUGUGGUAAAUUCAA